UGCUCAGGGAGGCGGCCAAUGAGUGCGCUUGGGGCGAGCGGCGAGGCCAAUAUGGCUUCUUACACCUGGUGACGGUUGAAGAAAUGGUGUUAGGGCUCAUGGAGAAACCCCGGGGCAUCGAGUUGAGAAAACUGAGGCUCGGAGGUUAAGUGACUUGCCCAAGGACCCACAGCUAGUUAGGAUCAGAGCUAGAUCCAAAACUAUGGAGACCCCAUCUUCAGAACCAAUGGAGGAAGAAGAGGAAGAUGACUUGGAGCUUUUUGGCGGCUAUGACAGUUUCCGGGCUUACAACAGCAGUGUGGGCAGUGAGAGCAGCUCCUAUCUGGAGGAGUCAAGUGAAGCAGAAAACGAGGAUCGGGAAGCUGGGGAGCUGCCCACUUCCCCCCUGCAUUUGCUCAGCUCUGGGACUCCCCGCUCUUUGGAAGGCAGUGGUUCUGAACCAGCUGUCUGUGAGAUGUGUGGUAUUGUGGGCACAAGAGAAGCCUUCUUCUCCAAGACCAAGAGGUUCUGCAGUGUCUCCUGCUCCAGGAGCUACUCCUCCAACUCCAAGAAAGCCAGUAUCUUGGCUCGAUUACAGGGAAAACCACCCACCAAGAAAGCCAAAGUCCUGCACAAGGCUGCUUGGUCAGCCAAGAUCGGAGCCUUCCUCCACUCCCAAGGGACGGGACAGCUAGCAGAUGGGACGCCAACCGGACAAGACGCGCUGGUCUUGGGUUUCGACUGGGGGAAGUUCCUGAAGGAUCACAGUUACAAGGCCGCUCCUGUCAGCUGCUUUAAACACGUCCCCCUCUAUGACCAGUGGGAGGACGUGAUGAAGGGGAUGAAGGUGGAGGUGCUCAACAGUGACGCCGUGCUACCCAGCCGGGUGUACUGGAUCGCCUCUGUCAUCCAGACAGCGGGGUAUCGGGUGCUUCUCCGGUAUGAAGGCUUUGAAAAUGACGCCAGCCAUGACUUCUGGUGCAACCUGGGAACUGUGGAUGUCCACCCCAUUGGCUGGUGUGCCAUCAACAGCAAGAUCCUGGUGCCCCCGCGGACCAUCCAUGCCAAGUUCACCGACUGGAAGGGCUACCUCAUGAAACGGUUGGUGGGCUCCAGGACCCUCCCGGUGGAUUUCCAUAUCAAGAUGGCGGAGAACAUGAAGUACCCCUUCCGGCAGGGCAUGCGGCUGGAGGUGGUGGACAAGUCCCAGGUGUCACGUACUCGCCUGGCCGUGGUGGACACGGUCAUCGGGGGCCGCCUGCGGCUCCUCUAUGAGGAUGGUGACAGUGACGAUGACUUCUGGUGCCACAUGUGGAGCCCCCUGAUCCACCCAGUGGGCUGGUCACGGCGCGUGGGCCAUGGCAUCAAGAUGUCAGAGAGACGCAGCGACAUGGCCCACCAUCCCACCUUCCGGAAGAUCUACUGUGAUGCGGUUCCUUACCUCUUCAAGAAGGUACGAGCUGUCUAUACGGAAGGUGGCUGGUUUGAGGAGGGGAUGAAGCUGGAGGCCAUUGACCCCCUGAAUCUGGGCAACAUCUGUGUGGCAACCAUCUGCAAGGUUCUCCUGGAUGGCUACCUGAUGAUCUGUGUGGAUGGGGGGCCCUCCACAGAUGGCUCAGACUGGUUCUGCUACCACGCCUCCUCCCAUGCCAUCUUCCCAGCCACCUUCUGCCAGAAAAAUGACAUUGAGCUUACACCCCCUAAAGGGUACGAGGCACAGACUUUCAACUGGGAAUCCUACUUGGAAAAGACCAAGUCAAGAGCAGCCCCAUCAAGACUCUUUAACAUGGACUGCCCCAACCACGGCUUCAAGGUGGGCAUGAAGCUGGAGGCCGUGGACCUGAUGGAGCCCCGGCUCAUCUGUGUGGCCACCGUGAAGCGGGCAGUCCAUCGACUGCUCAGCAUCCACUUUGAUGGCUGGGACAGCGAGUAUGACCAGUGGGUGGACUGUGAGUCCCCAGACAUCUACCCCGUUGGCUGGUGUGAGCUCACCGGCUACCAGCUCCAGCCCCCCGUGGCCACAGAGCUGACCACACCUCUGAAGGCCAAAGAGGCCACGAAGAAGAGAAAGAGACAGUUUGGGAAGAAAAGGAAAAGAAUACCGCCAGCCAAGACCCGGCCCCUCAGACAGGGCUCCAAGAAGCCCCUGCUGGAGGACGACUUGCAGGCCGCAGGGAAGAUCUUGUCCGAGCCCGUUUCUGAUGCGAUCACUGCGCAGGUGAAGGAGGAGCACCUGGACACAGCCACACCCGACAAGGCUGCAAGUCCCGAGCUGCCUGUCCCCAUUGAGGACAUCAAGCAGGAGACAGACGACUAACCUCCCUCUGCCAACCUGGCUGCCAACUAGAAGCCAUGCAGGGCUUCUCCAGUGCCACCACCCUCUCCCCCACUGGAGUUUGGAUGCUGAGCCUUUUUGGAGACAUUCUGCCUAAUGCUGGGGGUCAGGCCCUGAAGGACCAGCCAGGGUUCCUUGACUCACCCUCUGGCCUCCUCUUUGGCAAAGCCCACGUGACUAGGUCACCUGAGGCCCCGAACGUGUCUAUGAGCAGCUGCCUCUAGAGUUCCUGAAGCUUGAACACUAGCUGCCUGGGCUGUCUGCUGUCACCUGUGUCAGUUCCCCUCACCCCCGCCAUUGCCUGAACUGCCAGGGCCUGGGAGCCACACCAGCCACCCCAGAAGACAGGACAACUAGUGAGCUGUGCGUGUAACUAAAGGCCUGGGCAGCUCUCUGCUCUCAGGGGAGGAGGUUGCCCGAUUGACAGUGAGGGGUGUGAUAGGUGCAGCCUGGCCUAACGCCUGCAGAGCUAGCCAAGCAGAAUUGUUUCUCUCGCCUCCUGGUUGGUGCUCUGCUCCUCCGGGCACCCUGGGAGGCCUGGGCACCCCACGCAGAGACCCAGCACCAGCAGGCAGCAGAGAAGCAGUGGGUUGCAGUGGUCUCUGAGGCUGUCUUGACUUGCUUUCUGGGGUGGCCUGAGCACUGACUCCCGUUUCCUCCAGUUGUGGGGCUAGGAGGGGUCUCUGGAGGGAAACGCCACACCAGCCCCUGUGCUGUAUGGCAGAUGUGGUGACAGUGGUGUGGGAGGCUUAGGCUAGCAGGGUGCCCCCAGGACAGCAGGAUUGGAAGGUGAGCUGGGGCCUGUGUGCAGGUGGGGGUGGAGUCCAGCCACGAGGGAGACUUGGCCAUUAGCACUGAGCCUAACCUGCUUUGUGACCUAGCGGGGGAAGGACUUGUCAUUUCUACUUCCCUCUCCCUGUUAACCAGGGGUCAGGUGCAGCCCUGCAAGAGAGUCUGGAAGUAGGGGAGUGGUCAGCACCACUGAUGGAGGUAGGCCUCAAGGCAGCACUUGUCCUCCCUCACCAGUGCCUCCUGAGGGGGAGAACAGGGUGGGAACUGACAGGGCACACUUCCUGGCUCCUCUCCCCUCGCUGUCUUUCCUAAUUCCUUAUUAGAUUCUGGUUCUCCCUGCUCCUCUCUGAAACCACAUUCAGGAAGUUCACCUAGUGUCACCCAAAGUUCUAGGUGCUAUUAUAUUUCCCAGUCUUCUGAAACUCCUCUCUGCAGUCAGUCUCAUCUUCAGUAAGUCCUCUUCCUGGAGCCUAAGGUGAGGCCUGCGUCAGUCUUCACCCCUCUCCUUUCAUGUGUUCUUGGGUAGACGUGGCCCUACUCUGCAGUGAGUCCCUGUAUCCUUCAGAGCAGAGAGCUGUGUUAGCCGCUUCAUCUGCCUUCCAGGCCUUCCUGCUGCCCCUCAAGCCUGGGCAGGUUCAGAGAGAACAGGAUUCUGUUUCCUUUGCCAAAAGGACUAGGCAGCCCCACAUGGUGCAGAAAAUAGACCCAGAAAGAGGCCUGCAGGUGUAGCCCAGAGAGCUCAAGCAGUGACCAGGUGUUAACACAGUGGACAGGGCUGUCUCCCUCCACCCCCCAUCUCACACACACCAGCCACAAGACUCGGCCAGUGACUGUCUUGGCAUUAGCUUCUUUGGAGACAGGAUAUUGGAAGGGAGACAGCCUGGGUUUGAACUUUGGCUCUGCCACCUGCUCAGAGCCCUGCUUUUGAUUAGUGAUGUGCCCAGCUAAAAAGUCAUCUUCCCAGGUUUCCCUGCAAUUAAGGGAUCUAGUUCUGACUGAAGGGCUUCUGGGUAAAUGGUUCAUGUGCCCUCUUGGCCCUUGGUUCCUUUUUCCUGAAUUAAGAAGCAAUGCCCAGAGGUGCCAUGAGCACAAGAGCCACAUGGUAAGGAUGGCAGAGCAGGAGGAUGUGUUUGGCUGCCACUCCAGUCCUGGACUGGCCUGCCCAGACCUCCUAACUUCUCGUUGUACAAGACAGAUCCUUACUUGUUCAAGUCUACUCUCAGCUUUCUGACCUUGCAGCAUAGAGUUUUGAUGUAUCAACUUGGUAUUAGUUAUGAAGUGCGCGUAGAACAAUAAGAAUAAACGUUAAUUGGUGUCGUCUCUUCA